AUGCUGCGGUCGUCGGAAUUUCUUUGUGGUACUCACGAUGAUGAGCUGACGGAAGAAGCAUUUCAAGCUGCUCUCAGUCCACAGUCGGUCAAGUCGAGUUUACGCGACGGUGGAGACCUUGAUCCUGGAGAUGAUGACAUUUUUGAAAAUGCUUCUCAACCUGAACAGUGGCCUCGCUUGCAGGAAAUUCCGCGGCACUAUUUGGUUCCAAUUAUGGAGAGAUUGUCUGGAUCUAGCAAUACUGGCUCCCAUUACGUAACAGCUCCGGAUCAGGUUAGGUGUCGAGAGGGCGACGGUGAAGUACUGGAGGCGACGACGACAUCGGGUCGGAGUGAGCGUCUUUCUAGCGAGGAUCAAAACACACGUACUGAAAGUAGCGGAACGACAGCAUACGUCUCAACAGAGUCUCCUCAGGGAUCAGGAGAUACUAGAAGAGCAUCCAGCUAUGUAAGUGUCAUUGUUUUCCUCAUUAUUUUCAGUUAG